UACGCGUGCGCAAAUACACGUUGACAACAUCCGGUACUCCACAUGCAGACGUUUUUUGUGCCGUGGACUAUAAACCAGAUUUAAACGGACAAGAUACUGUAGUGUACAACAGCUAAUCAACCAUCAUGCAGAUUUUAUUAUGUACUGAUAUGUCAAUGAUCAAACGAUUAUUUACAAGUGUUUUCAUAUUAUUUAUUUGUGUAUUGACUGCGACUCUUGCUGAUGACUAUUAUGAACUGUUAGGAAUUCAAAGAAGUGCUAACACAAAAGAAAUACGACAAGCUUUUAAAAAGUUAGCUGUUACCAUGCAUCCAGAUAAAAACCAGGAUAAUCCAGAAGCUCACGAUAACUUUUUAAAAAUAAACAGAGCGUAUGAAGUUUUAAAAGAUGAAGAUUUACGUAAAAAGUAUGACAUGCACGGGGAAGAAGGCUUGAAAGACGAUUUCCAUGGUGGAAAUAGAUACGAAAGUUGGAAAUUUUAUCAAGAAGAAUUUGGUUUAUAUGAUGAUGAUAAGGAGAUUAUAACAUUAAGCAAGUCAGACUUUGAACAAUCGGUAGAAGAAUCGGGGGAUACCUGGUUUAUCAAUUAUUACUCACCACAUUGUGGACAUUGUCAUGACUUGGCACCAGCUUGGAGAGAAGUAGCACAGGAACUUGCCGGUGUGAUACGUAUAGGAGCUGUAAAUUGUGGAGAUGAUUGGAAUCUUUGUAGAAUGCAGGGAAUACGGUCAUAUCCUACGCUAGUCAUGUAUCCUGUGACUGAGAAAUAUCAUGGGGAUAGAACAACACGAAAGAUGGUUAAGUUUGCCCUAAAAAGUAUAGAGUUUGAUGCAUAUACACUGAGGUCAGAGGAAGAGAUUGAAGAUAAUGGGCUACCAUGGUUGAUAUCAUUCUGCGGAGAUGGUGGAGAUUGUCUGUCAUCAACAGCAACGACCAAGUUAUCAGCAAUACUGACUGAUUUGGUCAAUAUUGCAUCAGUAGAUUGUCAUAAAGACCAAAAGUUCUGUGAGAAACUUGGAAUAGAACAUGGCACAUAUUAUUAUCCUACCGCAGAAGUAACAAAAGAUGACGGCAAGAAAAUAUCCAGUUUAAAUGCUCAAGAAAUUGCUCACCAAGUGUUGUCAUGGUUACCUGAUGUUGAUAACCUGGAUUCAAAAACUCUAACGAAAAUUAUAAACAGAUUGAAGACAGGUCAACAUCAUACAUGGUUGAUACAUUUUGUGGAAGGGGAUGGUAGUCAGGAUAUAGAAUUCAGAAAACUGCCAGCCAUGCUGGAAGGUAUUAAGAUUGGAAGAGUAGACUGUCAGAAGUUGAGAUCAGAAUGUAAUGAGCUUCAUGUUAUGAAGUUCCCUUCCUUUGUUGUUUACAAGCAGACUGGUGGUUUUGAGCUGUAUUAUGGAAGAGCAACAGCCCAUGAUGUGAGUGCUUUUGCUAAGGACAGUAUGACUACUAAGUUGGAGUCCCUGACACCUGAUGACUUUCAAUCACACAGAGUUGGACCAUCCAGUCAGUCUAUGUGGUUCAUUGAUUUCUUUGCUCCAUGGUGUCCACCUUGUAUGAGACUAUUACCAGAAUUCAGAAAGGCUGCCAGGAAUUAUGAUGGUGAUGAUAUUGGUUUUGGCACUGUUGAUUGUACUGUACAUAACCAACUUUGUCAAAUGUAUAACAUAAGAUCUUAUCCCACUACCAUCCUAUACAAUAACACAAAGCCUCAUCAAUACAGUGGACAUCAUUCAUCAUCUCAUAUUUUGGAGUUUAUACAGGAUACUUUAAAUCCACCUGUUAUUAUAGUAACUGAAGCUAUGUUUGAGGAGCGUGUUGUCAAUAAAAAACCAGAUGAAAUAUGGCUGAUAGAUUGGUUUGCUCACUGGUGUGGACCCUGUCAACAACUUGCUCCAGAAUGGAGAAGAUUAGCUAAGAUGUUCAAGGAAACAAAGAAUAUAUAUGUCGGUCAGGUAGACUGUGCUGAUCCAAACAAUCAAUGGUUCUGUCAGAAUAACAAAGUACAUUCCUAUCCCACUGUCAGAUUAUACUCCUCUGGCUCGGGCACAGGCAGCUUUUUUGCAUACAAUGGUUGGAAUAGAGAUGCUCAGUCAUUAAGAGCUUGGGCUUUUGAAUUCUUACCUUCUAAAGUAAAGACAAUAAAACACAGAGAAUUCUUCAGCGAUAUUAUAACGAGUAAAACACCAUGGGUGAUUGACUAUUAUGCUCCAUGGUGUGGCCAUUGUCAAGUGUUUAAACCAGAAUUUGUAAAAAUUGCAGAGGAACUUGAUGGUCUAGUUAAGGCAGGAACAGUUAACUGUGAUGAAGAACCUGCCUUAUGUAAUAAGGCUGGCGUCAGAGCUUAUCCUACAGUUAAAUUCUAUAAAGGGGCACGUAAGGAAGGCAUGUCACAGGAUACAUAUGGAUAUGAUUUAGAAAAUUUAGAUGCAACAUAUAUAACAAACUUCUUAAAAAGUAAAGUACAAAAACAACAGCAACAACAUGAUGAAUUAUGAUGAAACUUGAACAUAGGAUAACAGAUGUUACAGGGAAAGAAAGAAGGAUGACAAUGCUGAGUGCCUUAUUUCUCCUUUAUGUUAAUUUUUCCAAGUGUUGUAUUUUUUAUCUUGUUUUAUGUCUUACAAUAUGAUUCAUGAAUAGGCUUCUUUGGCCAACAAGACUUGCUCAAUUUAGAAAUAAACUGAAUAAGGAAGGCAAGCUAAAAGCAAUACAAUGUUUGUCUGAUAUUGGAAUCCAGCUGCUGUGGAUUCAUUGAUAUUCAUAGGAUACCAGUUUUCGUGGAUUUGGUGGGUACAGGAAAACCAUAAAUUUAAAUGCUCAAAGAAUCAGAAAUUUUCUUAGGAUUUUAUGCAGACUUUGGCAAUCCACAAAAAACAGAUAUCCAAGAAGAUAUAAUUUUUCCUCAACCCACAAAAAUAAAUGAAUCCACAGUACAUAUCAAAAGUGUAUUCUUUUCUUAUAUAAUUAGUGAUUCACUAGAAAUUUGUUUGCUUUUCUUGGCUAGAUUUAAAUUUAAGUAGAAUAAUAUUGGUAAUAGAAGGUGUUAAAUAUGUCUAAAUUUGAGCAAAUGUAUUCUUAAGGCAAUAAGUUACCAUAUUACUUAAGAGACUAUAAAAUAAUCCAUUUACAUAAAAAAAGGAUAUUUUUGUCUUCUGACGUUACAUAGAAUUGCCCUUCAUAUACUAUGCUAUUUAUCACUAUUUAUGUUGUGUGAUGAAGUUCCAUCAAUUACAGCUAAGAGAGACAUUGAUGUGCAAAAAAUGGGUUUUACAUCCCAACUAGAAAGUGUUAACUUUGUCUAUUUUAUUUUAAUUGUUUGUUGUAAUUAGAAUUAGAUUUCCCUAGAUCUGUUUGAUUGGGUAUUGAAUUUAAUAUUGCUCUCUUCAGGGGACUUUACUUAUUUUGUAUUAACCUGAAUUCCUCCUGAGCAAUUAUGGCUUCAAUGCCUAUUCUUUUUUUAAACAGUUGUUCUUGAUUUCAAACUGAGUUUACUACUUGCAAGAAAUCUUGUUAAUCCUUAUAUUAUUCUGUUGUGAAAAAAUUACAACGCUGGUAUUUGUUUGACCACAAAUCCGUUAAAUCAAUGGAACUUUGAAAAUGCAAAGUCUUAUGCGAUGAAAAAAAAUAUUGACCUCGAGUGUAAAUAUGAUAUAAUUUUAAUUCACUGCCUACUUAAAUCUUUUAACUUUAUGCAAUUUCUUGAUCUGAAAAUAGAAUUAGCUACUUGCAAGAAAUGUUGUUAAUCCUUAUAUUAAUCUGUUGUGAUAAAAUUACAAUGCUGGUAUAUCCGUUUUACCCAUAAGUCUGUUAAAUCGAUGAAACUUCAAAGAAAUGCAAAGUCUUAUAUGAAGAAGGAAAUUAUCGACUUUGAGUGUAAAUAUGGUAAAUUUUUAUUUCACUGCCUACUUAUAUUUUUACUUUUUAUGCAAUUUUCUUGUUUACAUUAUGUAUAAGUUAAGGUUGUAUUGCAACAAUAUAUAUAUCUGUUUGUUUUUUUUUCAUGGUAAGGGUCAUUCCAUUAAAAAUGGAUAUGAGAGAGUAGUAAGGGACUUUCAAAAUUAUUCUACAACCAAUAUUUAUUGAGUAAUUUUGCAUUCAUCAAAAGGCCAUACAACUUUAUAUGAUCCAAAACCCAUGUCCAAAAAUAAAACCCUUGGCUGCCUUACCAAAUUUAUUUAAUUUUCAGCCCUAAAUUUUAAGAGGGGCGUAAAGGGGGGUAUCUGCACGGAAGAACACGAAAUAAAAUUGGUAUUUCACGAUGAACAAACAAUUAAAAAUUUCUUGUACGUUGAUCUUUUUACUGAUUUCACGAAACACGGUGAAUAACGAACCUUUUUCACGACUGCACGUGAAAUAAAAAUGGCAAAACACGUUGCACGAAAAUAACCCUUUACCACCCUCUUUUAAGCAUUUUGGUAUCCAUACCAUAGUGAUAUUAAUUAUAAUAAGAUUAUGUGGAAAAAUUAGCAUCAGCGAUUGAAUUUGAACAGUAAAUCAAGUUCAUUUUUCAAAGUUUGCUGUGGAAAUUUGAAAUUUACGAAACAAUUGCUGUUAAUUCUGUUAUAAUAACAUGGUAGGGAUUCCGAAAGUUUUGUCUGUCUAUUGAUUUUAUAUAGACAUUUAUUCAGCAUUAAAACCAUAUUUAAUGAAGAUUGUCAUAAAAGAAAUUAAAUAUCUACAUUGGUUGUUGGGUUGAAUAUAUAAUGUAGAAUUAUUAAUAUAGGUGGGAAUCUAAUUUUCGUGUAUUUUGACAGUAUAAAUAAACCAUACAGGAAAAAAAAACUGAAAAAAAAAUCAUUUUUUUUUAUGUUGUAAACAACUUUAAAUAUGUACUGAUAUUAAGUUAAAUUUGAAGUAAACAAGAUACAGGAUUCUAGAAUAACUAUCAUUGGUAAAGCUUGAUGCCAAAAGUUUCAAAAUCCGAAUUGUUGAAAACACUUGAAUUAACAACUAAUUCUGACAACCACGAAAAUAGGUCCCACUGAAAUCAACCAUCUCAUCAGUGAAGCAGGGUACCAUGGCUUUGUGUUUUUAUAUAAUAUAUGUCUCCAAGGUAAGAGUCCAUAGCUCACAUUAUACUCAGCUUGAAUGUUGUUUCAUGUGCACUUGAAAUCCAAUUAACAUGUAGGCAAUCGUGUAUAUUGAAUAUGUUAUUUGUACUUGUUAAAUUCAAUAAAUCAUAUUAUGUGUUUAGAACUGAUACAUGUAUGAUUGUACAAGAGUAUUUGAUUAUGAGGCAAGAGAGGUGAUUAAUGUUCACAUCCAUUAAAAAAUGAGCAGCUUUUUUUCUGUAGAUUUUCUUUUUUGCAGCAUUUACAGAAAUGAAAAAUGUAAUCUUCUAUCAAAUGUAUCAAUUGAUUUUUGUACAUGGCCUUUCGGUUAUAAAACUUUACUCAGUACUUGAGUACAAAAUUUGUCAUUGAAACAUCAAAUCCAGUACUUUGAUUGGUUGAUUACUGAGUCUUGAGUAUGAUAGUCAAAAUGACCGUGAGGCCUCAUCAAAUGAUUUUAAAAAGGCUUAAAUUAAAUGACAUUUACUUCUCACUUAGAUUUCACAAAAAUAUUUAAAAAGAAGAAAUUUAUUUUGCAAAUUAUUUUUUUUUUAAAUAUAGGUGGAAGUAGAUUGUGUAAUUACACAUUUUUUAAAUACAUGUAUUUUGUUGAAAAUUUUUAUAUUUAAAAGGUUGUAUUAUUUUAUAAAUUUCACCUAAUCUGGCUCAACUGAAACAGCUACAUAUUUAAAUGAUGUCCUCGUUUAAUCUUAAUAGAUUCUAAAACUGAUUUCAUGAAAUGGCAAAUACUUAAAUAGAGUUUAAUUUAAUCCUAUACCAAAGAAUUAGAGUAUUUUGUAAUCACAUAGUUAUAAUUACAUAGGCUGUACAUGAUCAGGUGAAAGUAAUGAAGUAAUUAUGGAAUUUCUAGUCAUAUUUUCAUUUUAGUUGUAAAUUGUGCCAGUAUCAGAUAUUUUGACAGACUGUUAGUCUUGGCAUUAAACAUUUUAUUUAUUUUAAA